GGCACUCUCUCACAGACUCACAACGCAAAAAAUGCCAAGGCUUAUCUGACACACCCAACGGCAUGGGUGCAAAGACCCCUGGCAAAGCCGCACAGCCCUUGAAGAAGAGCCCGCCCAGUGCCAAGCUCUCAUUACAUGGAGCUCGGGCCAUCUUCGAAAGCACUCUGUCCCACCUGGGGAUCAAUGGCUGCGGGUUGCACCAGCAAAGGUCACGCACAUGAUUUGCAGCUUCGGCCAGGCCCCAAACGCCGGUGACUGAUAGACCCCAACAGGUCAGGCGUCUCCUUGAAUCAUCGGGGGCAUUACCGGCGGAAAAUGGACUCUCCCGUUGUCACGCAGCUGUUCAGACAGCUGUUCCGCCAGCACCCGGCCUGCCAGAACCUGAACCUGAACCUGAACCAAUCCGCCAAGCACCUCGCCAGGCUCGCAACAUGCUCGUCCGCAGCUGCUCUGUCCCCCCAUCAUGUGCGCCGACGACAGCCAUGUUUUCACCACCACCAGCAGCGGCGCUCCCUCUGGACCCCCGGCAGCGGGUGGAAGCGCGGGUCGGGGCCGGCUAUUCAGAGGAACGAGAGUAACUGGCAGCAGCGCACCGCCCUGCUCCAGCGCGACAUGACCGACGAAUACAAACACUUCCCCAUGGUGACGGCAAAGGAGUUGCGCGGCCGGAGGGAGCGCCCACGCCGCGUCAAGAUGUUCAUGCGCGACUUUAUUGAAGAUAGCCUCUACAACCCGCACUACGGCUACUUCUCCCAGCAGGUCGUCAUCUUCUCCCCCGGCGAGCCGUUCGAGUUCCCGAACCUGCGCGACGAGAUGGAGUUCCACGAGCUGCUGUCGAAGCGGUACCGCGCGUUCGAGGACAGGCUGGACGAGGCGGCGCCGUCCGACACGCGGCAGCUGUGGUACACGCCGACGGAGCUGUUCCGCCCCUACUACGGCGAGGCCAUCGCCCGGUACCUGGUGGACAACUACAAGCUGACGACGUACCCGUACGACGAUCUCAUCAUCUACGAGAUGGGUGCCGGCCGCGGCACGCUGAUGCUCAACAUCCUCGACUACAUCCGCGACAUGGACCCCGACGUCUACGCGCGCACCCAGUACAAGAUCAUUGAGAUCAGCAGCAAGCUGGCCGGCGUGCAAGACUCGCAGCUCAAGCAGUCGGCCGCCCGCUGGCACUCGUCAUCACCGGUGGCCGCGGCGGCCGGCAACCGCGGCCACAUCGGCAAGGUCGAGAUCAUCAACCAGAGCAUCUUCGACUGGUCGCACGUGGUGCCGUCGCCGUGCUUCUUCCUGGCCUUUGAGGUGUUCGACAACUUCGCGCACGACGUGCUGCGCUACGACCUCGAGACGGAGGCGCCGCUGCAGGGCACGGUGCUGAUCGACGACUCGGGCGACUUCUUCGAGUUCUACGUGCCCGUGCUGGACCCCACCGUGGCGCACUUCCUCAAGGUGCGCCACCUCGCCACCUCCGGCCGCUACAAGUUGCCCUACCCGGCGAGCCGCCUAGGCCGCUGGUUCGCCGCCAACCGCCCCGGCGCCCCCAACCUCAGCAACCCCGAGUACGUCCCCACACGCCUGAUGCAGUUCUUCGAGGUCCUCGACAAGUACUUCCCCGCCCACCGCCUCGUCACGAGCGACUUCCACUCCCUGCCCAACGCCCUCCCAGGCCUGAACGCCCCCAUCGUGCAGACCCGGUACCAGCGCCGGCCAGUGCCCGUCACCACGCCCUUGGUACACCAGGGGUAUUUCGACAUCAUGUUCCCGACCGACUUCCACCGCGCCGAGGCCAUCUACCAGGCCAUAACGGGCAAGCUGACACGGGUGCUGUCGCACGAGGAGUUCAUGCGUCGGUGGGCCUACCUCGAGGAGACGGAGACACAGACGGGCGAGAACCCGCUGCUGAGUUGGUACAAGAACGCCAGCGUGCUGACGACUCUGUGAAGCCAAACCAAAGUAAAAGCAAAAAUCGAAAACUCUAUAUAGUGCGUAUAUAUAUAUUGCAGUUGUUAUUAUACUCUACAAACGGAGAAAGCGGUGUUCUGGCCGCCGAAUUCGGCUGGCGCAUGCUGCCAUUUUCGGUGGCCAGAACACCAAGCGCACAAGUCUCUUACAAGUAGCGUCGGUGUACCUGCGGCC